GUCCCUUCACCCGGGCUCCGCUCUUGCCUUCUCCACACUUAUUUGAUUUAUGAGGAAUCCAAGAUGAAUUUAGAGCAGGAGAGGCCAUUCGUCUGCAGUGCCCCGGGCUGCUCUCAGCGCUUCCCAACAGAGGACCAUCUGAUGAUUCAUAGGCACAAGCAUGAAAUGACUUUGAAGUUCCCCUCAAUAAAAACAGACAAUAUGUUAUCAGAUCAGACUCCGACUCCAACAAGGUUCCUGAAGAACUGCGAGGAAGUGGGGCUCUUCAAUGAGCUGGACUGCUCCCUAGAACAUGAGUUCAGGAAGGCUCAGGAGGAGGAGAGCAGCAAGCGGAAUAUCUCGAUGCAUAACACAGUUGGUGGGGCCAUGGCAGGGCCCGGAGCUCACCAGCUUGGCAGCACCCGGAUGCCCAACCAUGACACCAGCGUUGUGAUUCAGCAAGCCAUGCCGUCACCCCAGUCCAGCUCUGUCAUCACACAGGCACCUUCUACCAACCGCCAGAUCGGGCCUGUCCCAGGCUCUCUAUCUUCUCUGCUACAUCUCCACAACAGACAGAGACAGCCUAUGCCAGCCUCCAUGCCUGGGACCCUGCCCAACCCGACGAUGCCGGGUUCUUCUGCCGUCUUGAUGCCAAUGGAGAGACAGAUGUCAGUGAACUCCAACCUCCUGGGAAUGCAAGGUCCAAAUCUGAACAACCCCUGUGCUUCUCCCCAGGUCCAGCCAAUGCAUUCAGAAGCCAAAAUGAGGUUGAAGGCCGCGUUGACUCACCACCCUGCUGCCAUGUCAAAUGGGAAUAUGAACACCAUGGGACACAUGAUGGAAAUGAUGGGCUCCCGGCAGGACCAGACGCCACACCAUCACAUGCACUCACACCCGCAUCAGCACCAGACACUGCCAGCCCAUCACCCGUACCCACACCAGCACCAGCACCCAGCCCACCACCCUCACCCUCAACCCCAUCACCAGCAGAACCACCCACAUCAUCACUCCCACUCCCACCUCCACGCGCACCCUGCACAUCACCAGACCUCGCCACACCCACCCCUGCACUCCGGCAACCAAGCACAGCAGGUCUCACCAGCGACACAACAGAUGCAGCCAACCCAGACAAUACAGCCGCCCCAGCCCACAGGGGGCCGCCGGCGAAGGGUGGUGGACGAGGAUCCCGACGAGAGGCGGAGGAAAUUUCUGGAACGGAACCGGGCAGCUGCCACCCGCUGCAGACAGAAGAGGAAGGUCUGGGUGAUGUCACUGGAAAAGAAAGCAGAAGAACUCACCCAGACAAACAUGCAGCUUCAGAAUGAAGUGUCCAUGUUGAAAAAUGAGGUGGCACAGCUGAAACAGUUGUUGUUAACGCAUAAAGACUGUCCAAUAACAGCCAUGCAGAAAGAAUCACAAGGAUAUCUAAGUCCAGAGAGCAGCCCUCCUGCCAGUCCGGUCCCAGCUUGCUCUCAGCAGCAGGUCAUCCAACACAAUACCAUCACCACUUCCUCUGCCGUGAGCGAGGUGGUGGGAAGCUCCACCCUCAGUCAGCUUACCACUCACAGAACAGACCUGAAUCCCAUCCUUUAAAAUCUGCCGGUGGGUCAGACCUUGCCUCCAAGAAGAGCUGUCGCAUAUCAUGCGUCCUUUCUUUUAAGGGCAUUUUUAGAAUUAACUCAGACCUGGAAGACUCCUCAGCCCUUCAGAGACUGGCUUUCAUUUUUAUAGUUAUUAUGGAAAUGUCAUCUUUUAUACUUAGUUAUAUAAGAAAAAAAGGGAGUUAUGCAAUUAAUUAAUCUGUCAGCUUGGGAAAUGCUUUGGUGCUUUUCUCCAAUUUUCUGGUACCAGUUAACUUGUUUAUAAACUGAACUCUUUCUGUAUAUAGACACGGUUUCAUUCUUAUCAGUCCAACCCUUUGCUUGAAACAUCAAACCUUGUUAAGCCGCAGCUUUUAGCCAAAAUGAGGCAUAACCUAGAUGUCACGUAAAUGGAUGCAAGGUAACUGGGUGGUGAGUCUCAUGACAUUGUAACACACAUCGGGUUUGUGCCGUGAUGUCGCCAGAAUUCCAGAUAAACACAGAGCCUUUUCCAUAAUUUUGUCUCUUCCUACAAAAAAUCAUAAGACCCAUUGAUGUCCAAAUAAAGCCACCGAGCAUCUCACCCCCCUCCACCUCCUCCCCUUGGUCCACUUCCUUGAAUUAUCCUCUGAUUUCCUCCAAUCUUCCUUUCCAUUUCCACUUUUUUCCCGGGCUCCCUAUGAACUCUUUAUUUUUACUUUCUGCUGUUUUAUGUUUCUCCCUUUAGAAUUGCACAUAAAGAAAAAAAUAAUGCUUAAAGAGGAAAAAAAAAAGCAAAUCUCAAAAAUAUGGAUCUAGCCAUUGCUUUCCCUGCCCGUGACCCACAGCUGGAGUUCAUUCACCUCUUGCUUUUUACAAAAUAGUAAGCAGGAGAUGUUUAAUGUGCCUGAUUUAAUGUUUUUAAUAAUCAGAGCAAAUAAAAGGUGGCUUAGCCAUAGGUGAGGCACUGUUGAAUGCCAGCUGUGGAGACACCAGGGAAGGGAGACUUCUAAGCCUCGAUUGUGAAGGUCCAGAUUAUGAUGCAGGCUAUAACAUCACACCCUCAAAUUACAACUGGUUUAUAUGGCCUGUCUAUAAGGUUGAAAAUCCAUAUGCUAUAUAAUAAUUCAGAAGGGCUCUAUUCACUACACAUAUUACAUUGUUCAAUCAUCAGCUGCUAAUAGACUAAGAUUUAUUAUUAUUUUUUCUUUUAAGCCUAUGGAACUGGCUUUGCUGUUCUGGUGGGUGAAAGUAGACGUACCACUGGAGGAACAAAGAGAAAGAGAAAACUAAUGUUUCCACAGGGGUGCUUUCAGCCCUCCCAGAACAGCCAAAGCCUUCUUUGGCUGCUGAAAGAAUCCCAUGGAUGUGGCUACUCCACUCUUCUGAAUAAUUCUGAUUUAUAUUUCCAACAACUUUCAUCGACUUGCCUAUUAUGGAAAGUAGAUAGUCCCGAACCACAGUUGUGCCUCCUUGAAACAAGCCAUUCUACUGUGUCAAUGUUUUAAUAUCACAUCUCACAUGUAACAGGAACUAAUGUUUCCUUCUAGCAGUCUAGACAGGUGCUGGUGUUUCAUCUCCAUUUGAAUGCUUGACCUAACACGAGAGAGUGAGAGUGUGUGUGUGUGCAUGCACACGUGUGCACAUGUGUGUGUGUUCAUGGGAUUUAAAAUAAUAUUAUUUUACAAAAGGUGUAGCUUUUAUAAGCGUUCGGGAAAGGGAAAGACAUGUAUGGGUGUGUGUCUAUGUGUUUAUCUCUCACUAUAGCCUAAGAAUCUAUUUUGGAGAAAAAAAAUAUAAGGGUCAUGAAGCAUGAUUUUUAUAACUAGUUUCAGUUUUAUCGAAAAACUUACUUUUCAAAUCAGUAUUUAUCAGCAAUUUUUUUUAAUGUAUGCAGUGCUUUCAAAAGAAAGUUUUGAGUGUCCAGAGAAACUCAUGACUGGCUAUGUGAUCUAGAAAUCCAAACAAAAGCAAAAACAAAACAAACACACACUCACAAACAAAAAAAAAAUUUUUUUUAAAGAAAAGAAAAAUAUGCAAAGGAUUUUCUAUUAUAUUUUAGACAAACAUAUCUUUUUUUAAGUAUUUUAAAUACUGAAUCCAUAGUUGUUUUACUUCGCAUCCCAGCAGUAACAGCUGAACGGUUGAACCUAACUGGUUUCCUAAGAAAUAUUUAAGAUAUAUCUGUAUUCUGUUAUUAAAUUUAAUUUUUUCAAAACUCCUUUCUAGGACCAUGUAUGUGUCUCUCUAAAAAAGAAAAAGAACUCAUUGAAAUGUUUGCUUGGGUUUUAAAUUUUUUAUGUUUUUCUUAUUUUUUGCUUUAAGUAAACAAAAACUUUUCUUUCUUUAUUGCAUGCAUAGCACUUAAUGAAAUGGAUUUUUUUAAAAAUCCACGGGUAAUAUCAGCAUGUCCAGGGAAUGGGCUGUCACUAAAAUUAUGGUUUACUUUACUUCUGUUCCACCUCUUGAUUGAAUAUUUAGUUGUUAAGCUGAAAGCCUCUGUAGUGAAGAACUUGCUUGAGUUUUCUUAAUUCAGCAACUUGACAGUUUGACUGAUGUGCAUUAUAUAGAGCUCAAUUAUGUCUGUUUUUUAUGCUAAGUAGGCAAACCAACCACACACACACACACACACACACAUUAGCAAACUGCCCUCAAUGUACAAUUAGAAUGAACUGUCUUCUUGUUAUAUUUAGAGCCUUUAGGUAUGUUCAUUAGCAGUGUGGAAAUACAGUAAAAUGAAAGAUGCCAGCUCGUUGUCAGAGUGUCUUGAAACCCUGAACAGAAAGGCUUGUUGGUCAAAUCCACACUCAGCUUAUCAAUAUUAAGUACUUCACUGGAAGGUCCAGCCUGCACCAGACCAUGAAACAAUUAGUCUGCCUGAAAAACCCCUCUGUGCCCUCCAUUUUUUGCCAAUCUGGGAAAACAUCUUUUUUUUCUGCCCUAUAAUCCUCUCCCACUCAACUCCUGGGUCAUCUGCCUGUAUCUUCACUGAGCCAGUGUAAUGACCUUCAGAGCACCCAUCCUGAGGAAGGAAGGGCCCUACAACACUGUCUCUCCUCAUUCACGUGUGGGUUUUUUUAUUGGCAGCAUCUGCCUUUGAAGUCACUGCCAGCCUACCUGAAAAUUUCUACAGUGCUUCCCUUGCCUUCUGUGAUGGGACCCGACUUAGGUACCCCGAUGGCAUUUUUACCAGGUGAUCCUAAAUUGAGGCGUUCACAUUGUAUUUCUUCUUAAGACAUUUCCCAACAUAUGACGCCAGGACAGGUGGAGUAAAUCCUAACUAAGGAUGAACGUACUCAUUUUAAAGUCUGUCUUAAGCUGAUGUUUUCCCUUUACACCCCCAUUCACCCCUCCCUACCUCCAUGUUAGUGUGCGUGAGUGCCAGUGUUCACAUGGCCCGUGGGAGAUGGCAGUGUCUGUGGUAUCACUGAAUGAACGGUGGUCAGAGAAAUCAAAUGCAGCACCUGUUCUGAACAGAGGGGUGUCAGUGAUGGAUGUUCAGGGAGUUGGGUCGCUGUUACAUCAAUUUUAGUGUGUCAGUUGAGUUUGCCAUUAAAAUCUGAAACCAGCUGUGGUGAAAGAUCAGCCUUUGGCUGGGGAGUUUUAAGCAUCAGUAAUUGCUAUCAAACUAGCCAUCCAGUUAGGAUAGAAUGUGCUUCUCUUUGGUUAAUAAAAACCAUCGAAGAAAAUAUAUUUGUAUGUAUGUGUGUAUACAGUGGAAUUCAAGGACCAAAGCAAAAUUUGAACAGGAAUCUAUUAAUUUAGAAUUUUAUAAGAUAUUUAUUAAUAAAUGUUAUUUUGAAACAUUCCAUUUGAACAGUAUUCUUCUGUAGGAUCUACUUGUUUUUAAAGUAUUAGUUCAUAAUAAACUACUCUAGUUGUGUAUAUCUUCAUUUUUCAGGGUUUCAAAUGGCUAUUCUCCAUCAUAUGGUGGAAGUAUUUUGCUUAGAUCUCUGUGCAUAGAAAUUUCAAGGAUUUUUAUUGCUCUGUGAGUUAUUUUUUAAUCUAUGUUCUGAACGGUUUUUUAAAACAUUCUUUUCUCUUUUUCUUCUUUUUUAAAAAUUCUUAAAGUAAGCUCUUUCCUUUAGGAAGCAGAGUUCGGCUAAAGGGAAUCAGUAACUAUAACUGGAACAGCUUUCUUAUAAAAGUGUAGGAACUUCAUCUCUGCUUCUCUCCACCCCACCCGAUUUCCUAGAAUGCCUUGCACUAUUCAGCUUCCUUAGUGCUCUCUUUGUCCAGUCCCAAACAAUGUGCCGUAGCUUUAAGCCAUUCAAGUUCCAUUAUGCAGUAUAUCUGAGAAGGAAAAGGAAACAACCCAUUUAAAUUUGAAUAAAACUGUGCCUAUGCGAACAGUAGCAAUUUAGAGUCUCUCUUCUGCUUUUAAAAUAAUUUAUAUUUUAAAAUUGCACUUUAGCUUUUUCAAUCCCUGUUUCUCUGGUUCUUUCUCAAAGACCCUCCCUUUCCCCAGACUUGCCUUCUGCUCUCCUCUUUCCGACUUCCCACCCUUCCCCUCAGGCUCUGAGCUGCAUCAUUUAAAAUACUUUACAGAAUAUUUGCACCAGGUACAUGUGCUUGUGUUCCUUAGUAGCCUAGCAAAGACAUGUUCCUCAUGUCAGCCUAGAUGAAGCCUGCUACGAGAAAACCAAGAAGAGCCAGUUUAUACUCUUUAACCCUUUAUUCAUAGCAUGUUAAAAAAAAAAAAAUGUUAUAUUAUGCAACAGAUGUGAGGCAGCAGCUAAGCUAUACUUAAGAAUUUUCUAUCUCAUCCUCCAAACCAAAGUGUCCUGAAUGAGCCAGGAGACUUACUCUUUUGUGCACCAUGGUGCAUGUGGACUGUGGUCCAGCCGUUGUCUCUCUGAGGCUGCGGAAGUAGUAGUGGCCCUAUUUCAUUCCUGGGUCUCAAAAAUACAAUGUUGCCUUGUGACAUAAUUAGGGACAGCACCUGUGUUUUACAAUGAUAAUCUGAGAAAGGACAAGAAGACACUGAGCAAUAAACUUACCAGUAAAAUUCAAUAUCAAAACAAAGAAAUGAAAACAAAAACAAAAACCCUAACUCAUGAUGUUGUGAAAGUGAAAAAGUGUAUGUCCACUCAAAAUAUUUUACUAUUUCUUGUGGAGUUUUUCAGUGAUGUAAUGCUUAUAGCCAAAUUGCUUAAAGAGUGUUUAUAUAUUUUUUUCCUUAUAAAUUGUCUAUUUUUUAAAAAAAAAAAAACUAUUUACCACAAGUUGAAGAGGGGGGUAAGGCCAAAUUGCCAACAUUUGUUAAAUGAUUAAUAUUCUUAAGUGGCACUCUGAUACGUUUCCAAGCUUAUCAUCAGAGGGGAAUCAGUAACGAUUAGCUCUUAUAUUUCGACCAACUUAUAAUAUGUAGCUCAUUAAAAAUCAGGAUUUAGAAAGCUCUUCAUAAGCCAUUUAGAAUUUCCUACCUUGAGUUUCAUAUUAUAGAACUUUCUAGGAUUUUUUGAAAAAGAGAAUUAUUUUAGCCUCAGGACUGAGAAUGUGGAAUCUGAAUAAAUUAGCUUUAACUAUAUUGUUAAAAUCUUAUGCACAAUAAGCUCAUUAGACUCUAGUUGGCUCCUUUAGAAUACCAAUGCCAUUGACAGGAGAGAAUGGAAGGUAUCAGCCUCAGCCGUGCUGCAGUGGAGGGAGCUUCAGAGAAGGGUCCUUCCUAACCAGCCAGCCAGUGGAAGAGAAGACCUACUCACCCUCUUUCCUUCUACAUUCUGCUAAACACACCUGCCUCAAAGAGAGUAGUUCUGCGUUUUGAGGUUUGGCUUAGAGAAAUGAUAAGCUUGAAAUCUCCCUGGAGAGGACCUGGGGUUUAGGAUCUUCUGAAAAGGCCCAGAAAAAUGGCUCUGUUCAAACACAACGUUCUAGGACAAUUGGAAUAUAAAUAUUAUCCAAAACUAGAACUUAAAAAAAAAAAAAAAGUUUAGCCUUGUGGAAAAUAAGUGCUAACUAAGGAAGUCCCCCCCCCAAAAAAAAGGUGCUGUCACUUUAAGUUCUGGACUGGGGGGGUUGUUUGUAAUUGUAAACAGCAAAGCAUUUAUGUUUGUCUGUCUAUUUGUAAAGCAACCACCUUCCUUACUGGAAGGAGAAAAAAAAAUGGGAGUACAUACAUGUAAAUACUUGCUACAGCAUUUAAUAUGUUCAAUUUUAUGUUAAGCUUUUUGUUGCAUCGUGAACACGUUUAUUGUUACCAAUGGACAAUGAGUUCAUGAAGACUGUUCAACUAGGUCAGAUUUUACAUCUCUUUCAAGCAAGAGGAGACAAGAUUUUGUGCAUUUGUACAAAUGUUAAUAAUAUCACUGCAAUUCCAAUAUAAUAAAGCACUCAAAUGCAAAUAA